AUCGGGUCUGUCAAUGAAGGAAGCGCCCGCCCCACUGCAGGUGCAAAGCUGGGCUCCGGGCUAACUGCUGCAGCGAAGGCGAGGAUAAAAGCAUCAUUUCACGAUGGCGUCUGCAAAUACCACCUAUGGACAAAAGGAGUCCUCGGACCAGAACUUCGACUACAUGUUUAAAAUCCUCAUCAUCGGCAACAGCAGCGUCGGGAAGACGUCCUUCCUCUUCCGCUAUGCAGACGACUCCUUCACGCCGGCAUUCGUCAGCACGGUUGGCAUCGACUUCAAGGUGAAGACCAUCUACAGGAACGACAAGAGGAUAAAGCUGCAGAUCUGGGACACAGCUGGCCAGGAACGCUACAGGACCAUCACCACAGCUUAUUACAGAGGAGCCAUGGGCUUCAUCCUCAUGUAUGACAUCACCAACGAGGAGUCCUUUAACGCUGUGCAAGACUGGUCCACCCAGAUCAAGACUUACUCGUGGGACAAUGCUCAGGUGCUGCUGGUGGGAAACAAGUGUGAUAUGGAGGAUGAACGUGUGGUGGCUACAGACAGAGGCCGGCAGCUGUCAGAACAGCUCGGCUUUGAGCACUUUGAAGCGAGCGCCAAGGACAACAUCAACGUGAAGCAGACCUUCGAGAGGCUGGUGGACAUCAUCUGCGAGAGGAUGUCUGACACGCUGGACAACAGCGAUCCCACAGUCACCGGAGCCAAACAAGGGCCGCAGCUCACCGAGCAGCCGCAGAGGUCCCAUCAGGACUGUGCUUGCUAAAUGCAUCACACACACACACACACACACACCCACACACACACUACAUUUGCUCUCCUGAUGUCCAUAUAACUUUUUAAAGUCAUGUUAUCAGUUGAUGUCAUGUGAACCUGCACACAUCGAUGUAUCAGAAACACAGGCGCUGACUGCUGCUGAGAUUGUCAACCCGUCGUCGUCGUCCUAUAUCCUCGUCAUAGUCCCAAAGAUGAUCGAUAUCACAGCAAAAAUCACAUGCGAGCUAAUGUAGUCACGCCUUUUAACACGCAGACAUUCCCAUGUUUUACUGCAUGUACAGUACACAUGCACCGUGCUGGAUUUAAACACGCUUUUAACCCUUGUGCAACCUUAAGAUUGACUUUACACCAGGGGUGUCAAACUCAUUUUAGAUCGGGGGCCACAUGGAGAAAAAUCGGAUUGGUAAAAUCACAGCACCAUAACUUAAAAAUAAAGACAACUUCAGAUUGUUUUCUUUGUUUCAAAAUAGAACAAGCACAUUCUGAAAUUGUGCAAAUCAUAAUGUUGUUGGGGUUUAUUUACACUUACAUGUUGCGGUCAAUGGUAUUCUAUCUUUAUUUGUCGUUAUUUAUAUUUUCCGAAUAAAUGGUGAUAAUGUUCAUCAGUCAACUCAUUGGUGUUAAUUUUCAAUCUAUCAAGAUUUUAAAAAAUAUAUCAAAAUCCAAUUACAGUAUUUUAUUUAUGUAAUUUGAUCAUUUUCCUCAACUGAUGUACUAACAUCAUGUGCUUUAUUUUGUACAUACCGUAGUUUUCGGAGUAUAAGUCGCGCCGGAGUAUAAGUCGCACCGGCCGAAAGUGCAUAAUAAAGAAGGAAAAAAACAUAUGAGUCGCACUGGAGUAUAAGUCACAUUUUUUGGGGGAAAUGUAUUUGAUAAAAGCCAACACCAAGAUUAGACAUUUGAAAGGCAAUUUAAAAUAAAUAAAGAAUAGUGAACAACAGGCUGAAUACGUAUGAGGCAUAAAUAACCAACUGAGAACGUGCCUGGUAUGUUAACGUAACAUAUUAUGGUAAGAGUCAUUCAAAUAACUAUAACAUAUAGAACAUGCUAUACGUUUAUCAAACAAUCUGUCACUCCUAAUCGCUAAAUCCCAUGAAAUCUUAUACGUCUAGUCUCUUACGUGAAUGAGAUAAAUAAUAUUUGAUAUUUUACAGUAAUGUGUUAAUAAUUUCACACACAAGUCGCUCCUGAGUAUAAGUCGCACCCUCGAUCAAACUAUGAAAAAAAACUGCGACUUAUAAUACUAAUACGGUAUGUAGCAUCAUCUACAAAGAUACAAAGAAUUGCUAUUGCGACAUCCACUGGACACAUCUAGAACAGCUGUUUAUUUCAUUCAAAACAUUUCAGGUUAAUUUUUAUACCUAGCAAACUAAUCCCGCGGGCCGUACGUUUGACACCACUUCUUUACAUACUUACUCUUACGUUCCAAAAGGGACACGCUCAUAAACACUUUUUUUUUUAAGCUUUCCAAGCUUGACAUUUUUAAACACCUUAGAUCUAAUAAUAUACAUUUUCUACAAUGGGGAAAAUGCAAAAUAGACAAUAUUUCUAAAGAUGGGUUGCAGAGUGGAAUAUAUGAGGUUGGGAAAUUACUGCCUUAAAUAUGUCAAUUUAUGGCAACUUUUAUUUUGAUACAAUAGACCAAAUAUAUUUUUUACAGUGUCUACUGAGCUACAAUUGGAGAGAAAGCAGACAGGACUUGGUUGAGUUUAUUGAUAGCUGCCAUUUUGUGUAUCAUUGCAUUGCAGCAGUUUAAUGGCAGGUCGACUCAUUUACACUCAUCAAAGCUCUGAGAAUUAUGCUCAUUGUUUUCUGGCGCCAUAUUAAGUUAAGGGGCGCAAUUACACCAAAACAAUUAAAUUAAUUAUUUUUUUGUGGAAAAAGCGUAGUAAUAUACCAAGAUUACAGUCCAUUAAAAACAGCAGUUAUAAUGGGAGUCAAUGGUAUACUUUUAUAUCCUGUUCUAACAUUGCGAUCCAAAUCACAGUGCAAAAAAAUGUUCCCUGGCAAAAUUUCACACAGCAAACCUUCAUACUGAUCAAUCAUAUCGCAUAAAGAUCACAUGUCAUGCCCAUUUUGCACAAGGGUUAAAUAAGCAGCAUUCCAUCAACCCUUCUUGUUUGGUUGCUCAUGAGGUCCGAACCAUACCUGUCGACAUUUGUAUUGAAAAACAAGGGGCAUUUUCCAGAAAAUUGUCGCCUGCAGUGAAAGUUACAAUAUUUUAAUUUUUUUUUUAAAUACGAAAUUUUAAACGGCAGUACAACGGGAAAGAAGAGCCAAAUGCAGAAGUUUCCCGUAGAACACGUGGGUGGGAGUUGACCGGUAUUGUCAGAGUAUUUUGACUGAUUCUACCUUCGAUCUCACUGCAAAUGUUGUGUUGAUUGGGUUUGGUCAGGUGACAUCAUCGAUUAUUAAGCUUUAAACCCGAUGGGGGAGUUGAAGAGAAUAUCAAAUCGUUAGUCAAAUUGUUGUUUUACGCCUUCCUAGCUUUUUAACUUAAAAAACGUGUUUACAAGAGCCUGCGGUGGACAGCAUCUUUUUUUAUUUAUUUGAAAUGUUUUGCUAAUCUAAUCAGUCUGAUGCUGCAUCCACUCCGUGCUGCUUCAUAGUGUGUUUUUAUUUGGAACAAGAAUAGACCAGCGUGUAAAUGUUUGAACUAUGCGUUUUGAAAUACAGAACGAACUUCUCCACAUAAAAGUAUUUAUAAUGUGCUUUAGGGUGCAUGUUGUUGGUGGACUGGAUGGUUUGAGUUCAGAGUUCAAAACGUGCUUCUCCUUUCACUGCGUGCUCCAUAAUCAAAGACAUGCGAUCCAGCAGCGCCAUCAACUUGCACUGGAUUGUUAUUUUUGGAAGGGAACAUCAUGUUUGACGCACGUUUAAUGUCCAAUCUGUUAUUGAGUUUUGUUUGCCCGUGUGUGUGUGUGCAGUGCAGACCCUCGCAACCAUGUCUCCACUAAUGUGCUGAGGCAUGUUUUUUAUUUAUAACUUAUUUAUUUUACUCUUACGCGCUCUAAAGAACUUUUACUUGACACGUCGGCCGUUUACGAGCGCGAGACGCGUCCUGGGGAGGAGAGUUCAGACAUUCCAGUCAUUGGUGGGCAGCUUGUUUGUCUUCUCAUAUCAGUUAUGUAACCUUUUAAGACAUGCCAGCGUAACGGCAGACUGUUCUCACGGAGCAAUAAGCGCUUGUUUGAAUUUUCUCGACGGCCAGCGCGACCCGGUGGACGUUUUCCACGCGCGUCCUUCGAUGGCCGCGCUCUGAUGAAUUGUCCUGUCCACGGAGCUAAAAAUAGACGUCAACAUUUCCAUAUUCCUGUUUGUCUUGCACCGUCAACACCUGUCGCAGCUCAGCGGGGAAGACGACAAGCUGGCUACGCUGAAAAGUUACCACGAGAAACCUGGUUUCACUUUGGAACUGUUUGUGUUCCUGUUGUUUUGCCACGGCUGUAGGCGCCCUCCCCCCGUGUCACCACUCUUGUAAAUACUGCCCGUCUGGUACUAGUUGUGUGAAUCGUGUUGUAAUAACUGUAAUGCCAGAUUUGCUCAAAUGAGGGAUCAAUAAAUAAAUCCUUGCAGCUGGAUUUGGUUGACGUGAUACAAUGACUCCCAAAUGUUAGUCCUUGACUCACGUCGACCUCUUGUCCAGCAGAGGGCAUCACAAGCUAUAA